AUGAACAAAUCAUCGAAAGAAAAUGAUUUAUCAUCUGUUAUAACUCAAGUAUCAAAAGAUGAUGAUCCUAAUCGAACAAUACCAUUAACGGGUACAGUUAUAACAAGUGGAACAUCUCCAAUAACAAAAACUCGUUCAAGUCGAAAAUAUCGUAUUGUAUCGAUUUUACUCUGUUGUUUAAGUGUAUCAAAUCGUAGUCGAUCGAGAAGUGCAAUCUAUUCACAAAGAAAAGAAACCUCUACUAAUCAAGAAUUAAUUGCAUUGAAUUCUGAUAUAAAUUUACAUUUUGAGUCAAAUGAAAAAUAUUUAUUACCAACCUUACGUGUUACUGAACGAGUGAAAAUAUGUUUAGUUAUUGAUCUUGAUGAAACAUUGGUACAUUCAUCAUUUAAACCAGUACCAAAUGCUGAUUUUAUUGUUCCCGUUGAAAUUGAUGGACAAGUUCAUCAAGUCUAUGUAACAAAACGACCACAUGUUGAUGAAUUUUUACGUCGCGUUGGUGAACUCUUUGAAUGUGUUUUAUUUACUGCUAGUCUUGCAAAAUAUGCUGAUCCUGUAGCUGAUUUGCUUGAUCCAAAUCAAAUAUUUCAUUCAAGACUAUUUCGUGAAUCUUGCACUUAUUAUAAUGGAAAUUAUAUAAAAGAUCUUAGUCGACUAGGUCGCGAUAUUCGUAAAGUAAUCAUUAUUGAUAAUUCGCCGGUAUCAUAUAUAUUUCAUCAAGAUAAUGCAGUUCCUGUAACUAGUUGGUUUGAUGAUAUGCAUGAUACUGAAUUACUAACACUUGUACCAAUAUUUGAACGUCUUGCAUUAGCUGAUGAUGUUAUACCAGCUUUACAAGAUAUUCAUCGUCGUCGAGCAAUUGUUUAG